AAUUCAGUAACGACCACAAGCUCUGCUCAGUCACCAGCAGUCUCUGCCAGCCUGCCAAAGGUAGUCUACGAAGGGUCUUACUCAGCUUAUUAUGGAGAUGGGUCAGCGGCCCAAGGCUGGCCUAACAUAGAUGGCUGGAUAGACUUCGAGAAAAUGUUCGAAAUCAACCAUGAAGCAAUGCAAUCAUCCUGCGCCAACUGGGGAGUUCCCAACAACUCAGAAGAAGAAAUGACCGAUUUGAAGGCCGCAAUUGUGACUAUUGGUCAGAGGAGCUCUAUUGAUCCCCGUUUCAUAUUGGCAAUUAUCAUGCAAGAAUCUACGGGUUGUGUUCGCGUUGUGUCUACAAUGGGAGUUCAUCCUAACCCCGGCUUGAUGCAGAGUCACCAGGGGUACGGAGUUCAGGUACCUUGCCCGUAUAGCAGCAUUUUCCAGAUGGUUUCGGACGGAAGCGAGGGCACUCCUGCGGGUGACGGAUUGGCUCAAGUUUUGCAGGAACAAGGGCACGCUGAUGUUUCCAAGUACUAUCGUGCUGCCAGGAUUUAUAACAGUGGCAGGAUCAUGCCUAGUGGGCUCUUGGAGCAGACAUAUCAGAAUUGUUGUACUCCUGCAUAUGCGAGUGACAUAGCUAACAGACUUACGGGCUGG